UGCUUCCAGCUGUUUGUGAGGACUCAUGGUGUCUAGACCUAUGGUCUGGCCGGACUGGGGGAUCCUCCCUUACAGCCUGUGAGAUCACUACUUUUAAUUAGACCGGAUCUGUCAAUUAACGGGAAGUCAGCCGGUCUCUCUUUCAGCCUUUUAAAAGCAGCCGAGUCGAACCUUCAGGCAGGAUUCUGACAGAGGCUCGAAUAACAUUUACAGAAAGAUGUCUUCUGCUGUACUUUGUGCUGUUAUUUUUCUGGCUUGUUCCUUCACAUUAAGUGCUGCUCAGACAAGUUGUAAAGGACGAUGUGGUGGCGAGUACUACAGGGGUUACAUGUGCCAGUGUGAUUAUACCUGCCUGUCUUAUGGAGAGUGCUGCAGAGACUUUGAAUCCCAGUGCACCACAGCAAACUCGUGUAAAGGACGGUGUGGAGAAAACUUCAAAAGAGGUCGGCUGUGUAGCUGCGACUCAGACUGCAUAAAGUACAAUCAGUGUUGUUCAGAUUACCAAAGCCACUGUGAUGCAGAAGAGCCCGUUCUGACUGAACCAGUAGAGCAGCCUUCUACAUUCAGCGAGGGAGACGAUUCAGAUAUGUACAGCCAGAUUUCUCCCAAUGAUGAUGUUUCCUACAAUGGAGGGGAGGACACGGAGGCAACUCCAAUCCAAGAGGGCACCAGCGGAUAUGAAUUGUCUAGAUCUGACCUGCUGGAUCAAAUGGAUAUUGAACCCACACAGGGUCCAGAGUUCAGUACAGAGACGACUCGCCCAGAUGAAACAACACAGGCCAAUGACAGCCCCUCCACCCUUUACCCCACCACUAAGAGCUUAGAUGAUCCUACGAGCUCACUUGACUCAGGAACAACUCUCCCUCCGCCCACAACAGCAGUUGACAACAGCUCCAGCCAGCCUGCUGCAACCUCAGUACCCCAAACAGAAUAUUCUCCCACAGCCAACACCCCAGAGCUUGAGAAGGCAGAAGUACAGCCCGAGGAUGACAUUGUUCCUGAGAUACAGACUAUAAAACCGACUCUAGCCUCCUCUGAUAAACCAGAGGUUACAACCACAACCUCCUACCGACCUAUGGACACUUCAGUAUCCACAGGCUCCUCCACAAUCCUGGCCAACUCUCAGGUCACCACCAUCCCCACCUCAUCAGUGCCCACAUCUAAUCCAUCCAAUCCCGAACUGGAUGAUGCUGAGAUCAACGCACAAGAUGUCACAACAGGCUCUCCUUCUUCUCUGGGAGACCUCGAAGAUCCUACCGCCAGUGUUUCUCCAGCGGGGUCUGGGAACUUGUCAGAGCUUGAUGCCUUGAUGACCCACAUCCCUACAACUGCAGAUACAGUGCGGGAUGACACUAUAGAUGAUGUUGCACCAGAAGUAAGCAGUGCAGAUCCACUCAAUGUCACCCCAACCCCGACCGAACCCACACAAUCUGAAGCCACUACAAAACCUCAAGAUAAACCUGAGCCAUACAAGCCAUUGCCAGCUAAACCGACUGUGGCUGAACCCAGCUCCAAACCUGAGACCAAACCUGAGACCAAACCUGAGACCAAGCCUGAGACCAAACCAGAGACCAAACCUGAGACCAAGCCUGAGACCAAACCAGAGACCAAACCUGAGACCAGGCCUGAGACUAGGCCUGAGACCAGGCCUGAGACUAGGCCUGAGACCAAGCCUCUGGACACAUCACAGACUCUCAACAUAGACGAUCCGAGAAACUACCAAGCAGAUGACAACAACGAUACAAAUCUGUGUAGUGGGCGGCCCGUCAGCGGAGUCACUACGCUGAGGAACGGCACAAUUGUGGUUUUCAGAGGGCACUACUUCUGGUUUCUGGGUACAAACAGGGUGCCUGGUCCGGCUCGUGGCAUCACACAAGUGUGGGGCGUCCCUUCCCCCAUUGACACUGUGUUCACCCGCUGCAACUGUCAGGGCAAAACAUACAUUUUCAAGGGACCCCAAUACUGGAGAUUUGAAAAUGAUGCUUUGGACACUGGAUACCCAAAGGUCAUUGAAACAGGCUUUGAUGGACUUCGGGGCCACAUCACAGCUGCUCUGUCUGUGCCUCAAUACCAGAGGAGGAGGGAGUCGGUUUACUUCUUCAAGAGAGGGGGAUCGGUCCAGAAAUAUUCAUACCAGUCGGGCACCAGUCCAACAUGUGGCAAGAAAGUCCAGCAUGCUGUUUACACAGUCCGCAACCGAAUUGUUCGACAAGCAGUGUCUUUUCUGGGGCCAACUGUCAACAUCCGGACAUCUUGGGGAGGUUUCCCCACCACCGUCACUGCUGCUGUGUCCGUCCCGAGCAACAGAGAGCCAGAGGGAUACAAAUACUACGUCUUCUCAAGAUCCAAAUCCUACAAUGUGAGGGUGGAUGGUGAACGUCCCGCCAUUGCAGCUCCUCCAGCCAACACGUCACCUCAGAGCAACAACAUCUUCAAAUGCCCAAAGAAAGUCUGAUCAGAGAGAGUCGUGUUUUUCUAAU